GCUUGGCCAAAUAUCAGGGACAGAGUCAUCAAGAUUUAGGCCACAUGUCUUCGGGAGGAGUGGUCAAACUGGAUCAUCUCCUUUACAUUUUAACAGUGUCACUGCACUGGCAACACACACCCGUGUGACUGUAAGGAGAAAAUCCGUUUUUUUUCUCACUUUGUUGAAGUGUUUACUGUGGAUCGUGGAUGAAUAUCAGUAACGGCACAGCCGCAGCGCACGAGCGCACAGCAGACUCCAGCGGGACCCAGAAGCUUCUGCGUCUAAAGCGUUCGCUCACAUUCAUGCGGAGUAAGAGUGUGGAAAAUUUCUUCCAGCGUUCUCAGAAUGAUGCUCAUCUACCAGCAGAAAUCUUAAAUAAUCCCAAUGACAUCGCUGCUAUGCCUGCCCUCAGCUCCAACCCCACAGCAAGCCCCGCCUCCUCUAUGAUACAGCCACGCCCACUACUCAAACACUUGUUCCUGGAACAUGUGUUUCGUCGACCAACCAGCUGCCAUGUGUGCAAAAACAUUAUUGUUGGCAAUCCUAAACAGGGAUUGCGCUGUGCAACAUGUAAGACAGGAGUUCAUCUUUGGUGUGUCUCCGAACUCUCACAGCAACCAUGCCAAGGCAAGUCUGGGAUGUUCAAGAGGAAUUUGAGUACACCGUCACUGAUCACCAAUCGAUUAAGUGCUAUGAAGUCACAGGAGUCAAUGGCUCAGGUGGACCCCAUCUAUACUACACUACGGUUUGGGACUUCUCUGGCCUACACCGGUCAAUUGAGUUUUGGCAGUUUAUCCGAGUCUCCUACCCAAAGCCUGGAUGAAGAUGAGAUGGAGCAAACAAAUAAAUGUUUGUCUUCUGAAGGGGAGAUCGUAACCGAACACACAGAGAAAGAUUUAUCCCUGCCUGAAAAUGAUACAAAUGAGUUGAAGGAGAUAUCAAAGGUUCCUAAAAUUCACUCUCUUCACACUUAUGUGGUGUUGUACAAGUUUAUGCCUCAGGAGCACAAUGACCUGGAAUUACAUCCUGGUGAGAGAGUUCAGGUGAUUGAUGACUCUAAUGAUGAAUGGUGGAAGGGUAAAUGUGGUGAAAGGGUCGGCUUCUUCCCAGCUAAUUUUGUGCAGCGUGUACGUCCAGGUGAAAGAGUCUGGAAGGUAACGCAAGACGUCCAUGGCAACAAAGAUCUGGGCUACAUGCCUGUUAAAGAGUCUCAGAUUUGUGUUGGAAAAAGUGAAGACUCUGAAGGUUUUCUGAAGCUGAGCAGCGGUAAGAAGAGAGGUCUGGUGCCGGCCGACUCACUGGAAGAGAUAUAAAGAUACAUGAAGCAGUCUGACAGCUACAUUACUCAAUGUUGCUUAACAUUACAAUCUAUUCAUGACUUAUGUUAACUGUAUAUUCAUUUGAUCACAUGUUAUUUAGUUGACUUGCUCCUGAUUAUUAAGUUUUAUUUUUUUAUGUUAAAAAUGUAUUUAUUGUUUUGUUCAGUACAUCGUCUUCAAUACAGUUCUCCCUCAAAAUAUUUAGGGACAAAGAUGUAUUCCUAUAUUGUAGAAAAGUGAGAUGCUUUUGCAGGCCCAGCUGCAGAAUGAAAUGAGGGGGCAUUUAAAUUUUUUUAAGAGGGCUUAACUUUAAACCAAAAAACACUUGCUUUUGCCAUGCAGUGUUGAAUGCAAUGUUCUCUCUAAAAUGUAUACUGCACAGCUCACAGACUAUAAAAUUUUAAAUUUUAAUUAAAAAAAUCAUAAUAUCAUACAUUUUUAGAAGAGCGUAAUCUUCUUGAUUUGGCUUUGAAUUUCGUAAUUAGCGUACAUUGUAGCCCCAACUUAUAACAUAAUGCAUAUCAUAAUUCAUAGCACGCAAAAUAGUGUGGAUAAAUGUUGGAUUAAACCCAUACUGAUAUAAAUUUUACAGGUUAUGUGCUGUUCAAAACGGCACAUUUUUGCACACACCUACAAAGUGGCAAUUUUAACAUGUUAUAAUAAAUUAUUUAUGUGGUAUUUUGAGCUAAACCUUCACAUAUGUGCUCUGGGGACACCAAAGAUUUAUUUGACAUCUUAAAAAAGUCUUGUGCCAUGGCCCCUUUAAGUUUUAAAAAUAUAACUACCCUGCUUUAAAAUCAGUGAAGUUAUUUUAAAACUUUUGUUACAAACACCAAUAAAUGCAUUGAUACUUACAUGAAUACAUAAAUAUAACAUUAUGAAGUAUAUUGAGAAGGAGAAUUUAGUGUUGUUUUUGCUUUGCAUUAAAUCAGCAGUCCUAAAACUGUAGUUGUUUGACUGAUUCAAAACCAAUUGUUCUUUAACUAGUAACUUAACUAGUAAAAAUCCACUCAUUUAGGUUUAUUAGCAUUAAGCUUCAGUCUCAUUUUAUUUCAGACCUUGUGUACUAGAGUUUCAUCAUGACCCUUUAGGAUGUUUAGUUGAUUUGCUAUUAACAUAUGCACCUUUCAAAAAGUACAUUUUACAUAGAAGUUUCAUUGUUUUUAAUAUUUUGUAAAUAUUAUACAAUUCGGUCUUUUCUGAUCAUGCACACUUGCAGUAAUGUUGUCUUUUAGCCAUGAUUGAAAACAGAGCCACAUGUAGAAGGUUACUGACAAACAAACAAGUGCCUUUACAUAAGACCUGGAUCACAAACCCCCCAAAGGGACAGGGGAUUGUGGGAUGAAAGGAAAAAUAUAUUUCAAAGCUUUUGUGUUUACUUGAACACUUGAAAUGGUCAAUCAAAGAAUGUUAAGCAGAAAUAUAAAGAGACAACCUGAACAUUUUUAGGUUAAAGUAUUUAAUAAAAAAAAAACAUCCAACCCAAGUAAGUGUUUCUUUAAAAAGGUAAUAUGUUUUUGUCAUAAGGGUCUCUAUAGAUGCUACACUCUGGGUUAUUUUUAACCCAUAAUUGGGUCAAAUCCAACCAUUGGGUUAUACAUUAAUAUAUGAUGUGUUGUUUUAACUCAUAUUUGGAUCAAAUAUAUUAUAUACACAAUUUUAUGCAAAUGGUAAAAUAGCGCAGGAAGUCUAGAAAAAAAUUCAGACAGAAAUUAUACAUUAUUUAAGAUUCAAGGAUAGGUGGAUAUCACUGUGCUUGUACGUUUAGUAUCUCUUUAACUUAUGAGCAGAUAACUUCUAAAAGUUUCAAUUUCCUGAAGGUUUCACUGCAUAGAUUGGGCUGAUGUCAUAUAACUUACAACUUAUUAAAAUAAACAAGAUGAUAGCUAUGCAUUGACCAAAUGUAAAUCAUUCCACUUCUUUCUAACAUAAAAACACGGAGCAAUCCUUUUUAACAUCGAAGGGGAUUUUUCAUGGCCUAUUUUUCUUACAUUAUAUCAUUUCUGUUGUUCUGAGGUGGAUUUAUAGUUCAACCUAUUUUACUGUACAGUACCUGGUAUCUUUCUGUCUGGCCUCAUUUUAUGAAUGUAUUUAGUAAUCAGGACACUAAACUAGGACAGAAGAUGAAUGUGCUCAUGACUACAUGAAAUCUACUAUUAGAGAUUCACUGUUAUCUGCUUCACUGUAUUCUCAUUUCAUCAGAUUUACAGUAGUGUUUCUCCCAGCAUACAUCAGCCCAUCAUUUGGCUUUACUUUGGUGAAACACGUGCUUUUCUCUUCAGUCUCCAAAACACAAACAUUUUUGUAACAUUU